AUGAAUCUGGAGGGAGUAGGGGACGAGGUGAGGUGCCGGGCCUUCCCGGUCACCCUAGCCGAACCUGCGAUCCGAUGGUUUAACGGCCUCCCGCAAGGAUCCAUCUACGAAUUUUCGGACAUCAGUCGUGCCUUCUUGGCCCAAUUCACAACGCGAAUAGCGAAGGCAAAACACCCGAUCAACCUGCUCGGGAUAACCCAAAGGCAUGGGGAGCCGACCAGGAAAUACCUGGACCGCUUCAACGAUGAAUGUUUAGAGAUUGACGGCCUAACCGACUCGGUCGCCAGCCUCUGUCUGACAAACGGCCUCCUGAACGAGGAUUUUAGAAAACACCUCACAAUGAAACCGCAGGGUAACGGAGAAAGGCAGAAAGAACAAGCCAAAGAGGGAGGGCCGAACAAGGCACCCAGACCGUUUUCCCGAAUCGGGAAGUUCACAAACUACACUCCACUCACUCUUCCUAUCAUGGAAGUUUACCAGCAAAUAGCCGAAAAAGGGAUCUUGUCAAAGCCCCGACCACUCAAAGAUCGUACGGGGGGAAGCAAGAGCCUGUACUGUGACUACCACAAAGGCUAUGGACACCAAACACAGAAUUGCUUCGACCUGAGGGACGCACUAGAGCAAGCCAUAAGGGACGAUAAACUCUCCGAAUUCUCCCAUCUUAUAAGGGAGCCGAGGAGGCGACAUCGAGACCAGGACGAGGAUAAGACCCGGUCGACAAAGCGACGACAAGAGCCAGAAGACAAGGACCAUGGUCUCACUGUGAUAAACAUUGUAACCGCCAAAAACGCGGCGCCAAGGUCGAGAUCGGCACACAAGAAAGACGCCAAGAUCUUGGUGGUCUCCUCCGCGACGAUGCAAAGCUCGAAGAAGCCCCCGUCUAUCUCCUUCGGCCCGGAAGAUCAGUGGUUCGACGAGGCCCCUGAAAACCCACCCAUGGUCAUUACGGCCAGGGUAGGAACAGGACUCGUAAAACGGAUCCUUGUUGACAAGGGGGCAGACUCGAACAUUAUGUUCCGCAACGUGUUUGACGCACUGGGACUAAAGGAUGCCGACCUAUCGGCUCAUCAGCAAGGGGUCAUCAGAUUAGGCGACCACUUCAUCAAGCCAGAUGGAAUAAUAUCCAUGCCGAUCUCCGUGGGACAGGUCCAAGGCCGAAGAUCGGCAAUGGCUGAAUUCGUGGUUCUCUGA